AUGACUUCCACGUACGCCCCCCAAUACUACGCCAGCGGCGCCGUGCCCAUCCCCCCCAGCAAGCCGCAGUACCAGAACCCCGCCACCGGCUACUAUCCCAGCGGCGAGAGCACCUACUCGGUGUCGCCGCCCGAGGAAAUAGAUCCCUCCGUUGUCAGCUCGGCGUCGGGCUACGGCAACAGCUAUUCGGUGACCACCAGCUACGCCGGCAGCAGCCAGGGCGAGUACGACAGCAGCGCCGGCUCUGCCGCCGGCGUCGACCUCAACGAGUACAUGCAGGAGCGGUUUGCGGCUACCUUUGACCCGCUCGCUUUGGAUAAGUGCACCGCCAAGCAGGCGCAGACAUCUGGCCACCUGAACGCCAAACACCGCGAGCUGCUUGAGCUCCAGGCGAAGGCGCAGGCGCGCCUGGCCAAGUCGCGGGCGCGGUUUGCGCAGGGACUCGAGGAUGCGCGCGAGGUGCGCGAAGAUCUCGAGUGGACGCAGAAGAAGGUUGCAUCUCUCAAGGCCAAGGCGUCAAAAAAACACUCCAAGGAGUACGCAAAGGCGCGGGCGCGGUACCCGUCGCCGGAUCUGUACUAA